CUACAAAAAAAUAAAAAAUAUUUGACAUAAUCAAAAUAUUAGCAUUAGUAAAUUUGUUCCUUAAUUUAGUAUAAUUUAACAAUAACUUUCGCAAUAUUUUAUUGUUCUGAACUAAUGUGAUAUAUAAUGAGUAAGACGAGUGGGGAAAAAACUUGUAUGGUUUGUAGUGAUAAAGCGCUAGGGCAUAAUUUCAAUGCCAUAACAUGUGAGAGUUGUAAAGCAUUCUUUCGACGAAAUGCCAUUUCAAAUAAGAAGUUUUCCUGUCCAUUUUCAAAUGCGUGCGAAAUCACAACAAUCACUCGAAGAUUUUGUCAGAAAUGUCGACUCGAAAAAUGCUUUAAAGUUGGCAUGAAGAAGGAAUUUAUCAUGUCGGACAAAGAUAAAGAAUUGAAGAGACUGAAAAUUGAACAAAAUCGCAACAAAAGAAAGUUGAAAUUGAGCAGUGAGAUGUCAUCGAGUGGUGACGAUCAAGAGCAAAUUCAAUCAAAGAAAACGAUAAAAAUUAAAGAAGAAUGGUCUCCGAUAUCAGCUACGUCAAGUGUUUCGAUGACAACAAUGGAUACACAAUCUGAAUCAUCGACAAACAUGGAUUCAGAUGAGUUUCAAACAAAUCAAACGUUACAGAGCGUUGCAUCAGAUUCAUCUGUCCAUGAGAUUAUUUCUACCAUCACAAAAGAACCAGAAAAAGCUAGUCAAGUUAUUAAAAGUACCAUGAAAACGCAAACCGAAGCAUUACAAAUUAUGAGUAAGAUUAUUCAGGAUCCCAACCAAGCGCUUGUUCUUGUAAGUCAUUUGAUAAAGAAUCCUGCGGAUGGCAUGUUAAUUAUCAACAAAAUGAUGUCGUCACCCAUCGACGCACUUUCAGUUUUCACGCAAUUUAUGGCGUCACCGACCGAUGCCCUUCAAUUGAUAUUUAAGAUUAUGUCAUCACCUAAAGACGUCCUUCAAUUCAUGACCGAGUUAACAAAAUCACCUCAAGAUGCUCUUGAAAUAAUGAAACGAUUUAUGUCAAGAGCUGGCGUUGCUGACACACUCGCUGGAAUUAAUCAAAUGAUGAUUAAAAGCACAAAUUCGAGUGAAGUAAAUUCUGAUUCUGAAUCAGCUUCAAAUAUGAUAAAAGCCAUGCUGGAAGUGAAUUCUGUUGAUAGUCCAAACUCAUCAAUUGCAUCACCAUCAUCAUUCCAAAGUGUUAGAACACCAAAUUCUAUUGCUUCUAAUGAACAUGACACAAAUAACAACGAUUAUCAUCACAACACCGAGAAGCUUUUAAAUGAGAUUUGUCAUGACAUUUACAAACAUAAAUCGACAACAUCUUCAUCAGAAAGAAAUCCUUUCGAUUUAAUUUUAAAUGAAGCAAUCAUGCUUGAAUACGAAACGCCACAAAUGAUAACUCAAAUGAAAUGUGCGACGACACGUGAAUUAAACGAUGUUGAAAUGAUGAAAAUUCAAGAGUUAUUAGAUUCAAACAAAGCGUUGUAUGCUCCAGUUGACGAAGAUUUAUCGAGUCUGGUACUCGCUGAUUGUCAAAUAAAAACAGAAGACGGUGUUGAUCCAAUCUUAUUAAAAGUCAUUAAUUUAACAGCAAUUGCCAUUCGACGACUCAUCAAGAUGUCAAAGAAGAUUUCUGGUUUCAAAAAGAUGUGUCAAGAAGAUCAGAUUGCGCUUUUAAAAGGUGGAUGUACAGAAAUGAUGAUUCUCCGUAGUGUCAUGCAAUACGAUUCGGAUCAUGCAUCGUGGAAGAUUCCGCAUACAAUGAACACAGCAAAGAUUAAAGCUGACAUCUUGAAGCUCUGUCCGAAGGGAAAUGUUUAUGAAGUGCAUGAGAAUUUUAUCAAAACAUUUGACUUGAAGCUACGAACUGAUGAAAAUGUCAUUUUAAUACUUUGUGCAAUAACUUUAUUCUGCCCCAAUAGACAAAGUCUUGUUCAUCAUGAUGUUAUAAAACUUGAACAAAAUUCAUAUUAUUUUCUACUACGACGUUAUCUUGAAAGCAUUUAUGAUGGAUGCGAGGCCAGACAAAUCUUCUUACAAUUGUUGAAAAAAAUUCAAGAAGUCAGGAAACUGAACGAAGAUGUCAUUUCCGUUUAUCUUGAUGUUAAUCCAAGUCAAGUGGAGCCAUUACUUCGAGAAAUUUUCGAUUUGAAAGUUUAAUGAUUAAAAAUAUUAAACUGAAGCAAUCAUCAAAGCAUUUUAAAAGUUAAAGAAAUUUUGUUAUUGAUGUUAACUAUUAAAUAUUUAGUAAAGUACAAAAAAAACUGAUAAUCUAUGUAGAGUUGAGUUGCAAUAAAAUAUAUUUUGAUAUUUAAUCAGGCAAAAUAUGAAGCGAUGUUGCCAGCAAAACGAGAGAGAAACAAAUCAUUAAAACUGAUAAACUCCUGAUUAAUGUAGGUCAAUGUUCUGUUUUUAUAUUUCAUACUGUCGAGAUUGAAUCCGUCGACUUUGUUUUCCUCUUGAAUCUGUAGUGAAGCGUAAUUGUUUUCGUCACGUUGUUGAACAGUUAUUUCUUCGUUAAUUAGUCUUU